GCGCCCCCCCAAAAAAAUUUUUUUUAAUGUUUUGGAAAAAUACGGGACAAUGGCAAUGAACUAUUUGUCUGGUCCAACAUGCAAACAUCACCCUUGCACUUUGUGUUCACAAUCAACGUGCUCCAUGGUUAGUGGCAUGGGUUUCACAGACCCAUACCAGAAAGAAGUUCCAUUCCUCCUGGCCUAUGCAGCUGAGGUCCACAGCUUGAACCCCCUUCAAACUUAGAAAUGCAGUCCAUGUUGAAAAAUGUGCAUUCAUUUGGAUGAAUAUACAACAGUAAAAACAUGAAUACACACUUUGUUAAAUGAUUAAAUGUUUAUGAAAUGUAUGCAGUAGAGAUAAAGCAAAAGAUCAUUGUUACAUUGUUUUGUAUUUUCAUUGUCAUACUAUUACUGAUAGAAUUCUAUUCUUGUCUCAAGACGUACCUUCCUCAAAAAAUAUUAAUGAGCUCAAAUUUACAUCGUUUCUUCAUGCACAGAACAUUGAAGAUGCUCAAUAAAAUCGUACCUUCCAGUAUAUAAAAUCACCUCUAAUCUACACAUAAUCUUUUAUACUUAAAACAUAUCUAGAAUGCAUAGCUCUCUCCCCACCCCUACUGCCCUGCCCACCUUCUAUCUUGUCACCUCUGGAAAAAGGCUACAACCUUGUCACAAGUCUCCCUGCUGCCAAUCUUGCCUCCUCUACAAAAUCUGUUGUUCACAUGGAUACCAAAAAAAAUAUGGUUAUGUAAUUCCUCUGCUUAAAUCCUUCCAGUGGCCUAUUGCAUUAAUGUCCAAACUCCUUUCCCGAGCCUGUAAGACCCCACAUGGUCUGCUCCUUGCCUGUCUUACUCCUCCCUCCCUUGCUUCAUGCACUCAUUAUUUUCUUUUUUAAAAGUAGCAAAUAUAAAGUUUAAUCAAUUAUGUAAAACACAUGGACACCUCAUCUAGGAGCAAAAGGAUAAGACCAUAACUCAGAACUCAAGUUCUAAUUAAAUUUCCAUGAAAAUUUAAGAAAGGCUGUCUUGGUGAAAAAUGUGCUAAUAGAGUCUCUAGCAUUAACAGAACUUUGAAAGCCAAAUUUCGUCUCAAAAUUGCACGUGUUUGGAGAUCAUAACAUUUCUGCUGCAUCACAAACAGCCCACUAGCUUUUGAGCCUGCAGCCUGGUCUCUUCUGAGGCUGAGUAGUUUUCACAAAUGCAAAUCUGACCAGAUCACAUACAGGAUAAAAUUAUUUUUUCCUGGCCCAAGUGUGCCUACUCAACUAGGAGAGGGAGAUGGGAAUAAGAGACAUUCUAAUAGUGACUGCUAUUUAUUAAGGGCCUGGCUUACUAUAUAUAAGACACUGAGCUAAACAUUAUCUCAAUGAGGGGCGCCUGGCUUGCUCAGUAAGUAGAGCAUGUGACUCUUGAUCCCAGGAUCCUGAAGUUGAGCCCCACGUUGAUGUAGAAAUUACCUAAACAAACUUUAAAAAAUUAUCCCAUUGGAUCAGUACAGGCCCCUAUUAGGUGGGUAUCAUCCUCAACUUACAGAUGAAGAAACCAAGUCUUCGACUGAUGGCACACAUUUGCCCAGGUUCACUCCCUGGUAACAGUGCCUCCAAUUCAGAGUUUACAACGACCGCGCCAGGGUCCUCUGAGCGGGUAGGGUUGGAACCGCAACUCCCGUGAGGCUGUGCGGCAGCCUCGCGGCCUGCCGACUCGCGAGAGUUGGCUCAAACGCGGCGGCGGGAAGGCGGUGGAGCGGCCCACCUGAGCAGUUGGGUGGGAGAGCGAAUGGCUGAGGCAAUGGCGGAUAGCUACAGCCAGGACAGCGAGCCUACCACACGCACGUUGCUGCGGCGCGUGCUGGAUACCGCGGACACACGCACCCCGCAGCGACGCCGAAGUGCUGGAAUUGGUGCCCAGAAAUCCCUACUUGAAACACCUUCCUCCAGGAGGUUGAGCAGCUCAACAAAGACGAAUGCAAGGCGGCGUUCCCAAAGAGCCAGGUCUAUUGGCAGAUUGGCCCAUGUUCAAACCAGUGGACACCUGGAGGAACAGACACCCCGGACUCUGCUGAAGAACAUCCUUCUAACUGCCCCAGAAUCUUCCAUCAUGAUGCCAGAGUCAGUGGUCAAGCCAGUGCCAACACCGCAGGUGGUCCAAUCCUCUAGACAGGAAAGCAUUCGGGGCAGCCUGGAGCUGCAACUUCCUGAGCUUGAGCCCCCUACAACCCUGGCUCUAGGUCUGCUGGCUCCUGGCAGGAGGAAGCGGAGGCUGAGAUUGUCAGUCUUUCAGCAAGGAAUAGACCAGGGGCUGCCUCUCUCCCAAGAGCCUUGUGGGAAUGCCAGUGCCUCUUCUCUCACCAGUUCCCUCAACUUGACCUUUGCCACACCUCUUCAGCCACAGUCAGUGCAAAGGCCUGGUUUGGCUCGCAGACCUCCCACCCGUCGAGCUGUAGAUGUGGGUGCAUUUUUGCAGGAUUUGCAAGAUACUUCCCUGGCCUUGGCUUCUCCAGGUAACAGCCUCAGAACCCCUGUUGCUACCCUGCCAACUGACACCGUGUUGGAGGACACUCAGCCCUUCUCCCAGCCCUUGGUUGGCCAUUCCCCCAGUGUAUACCACUCCCUGCCCUGUCUCUCUUACACUGAGGCUAAAGAUGCUGAGAAGGCUGUCAGUCACAGGACACAGAGGAGUGGGCCUAAGCUGCAGAACCACAGUCCUGGAAAACCAGCCCAACUUCUGGCAGGAAAGGCAAAGAAGGUUGAUGCCCUUGCUAUGAGCUUCCCAAACACCAGCAAUGCUAUCGCUGGAGAAGAUGAAGUAGAGCCCUUACAGGGUGGAGUUGGUGAGAACGCAGAAGAGAGGAUGGAGGAAAGUUUGAGUGUGAGUGAAGUGAAGGACACAACAGGAACACAAGGAUCUGUUAGGACAGACAAGUCUGACAGAAAUGAAACGUCAGAAGCUGUUGAGGCCAAGGAGCCCGAGGGAUCUUCAGGAGAUGAGAACAUCUCUGGUAGGACAGCAAGUCCAGAAUUGGCCUCCAGCACCACUGAGUUUCUUCAGGCCAGGCAACUUCAGUUUCUUGAGUCAGCCCCACCGCCUAGCACUGCCAUCUUAUCCUCAGAGCCUCUGGAGCCUCUACCGACCAGGCUUCCUCCCAGGGCCAGAACCCUUGGCCCCAGGCCCCGUCAAGAUCCCCACAAGACUGGACUGAACCACUAUGUGAAACUCUUCAGCUUCUAUGCUAAGAUGCCCAUGGAGAAGAAGGCUCUUGAAAUGGUGGAGAAGUGCCUGGACAAGUAUUUCCAGCAUCUUUGUGACGACCUGGAGGUGUUUGCUGCUCAUGCUGGCCGAAAGACUGUGAGACCAGAGGACCUGGAACUGCUGAUGCAUCGGCAGGGCCUGGUCAACGACCAAGUCUCUUUGCAUGUGCUUGUGGAGCGGCACCUGCCCCUGGAAUACCGGCAGCUGCUCAUCCCUUGUGCAUUCAGUGGCAACUCUGUCUUUCCUGCUCAGUAGUGGCCAGGACUCAACACUCACCCAGUCCCUACCUAGGGCCACUUGGCCCCACAUAUUCUUCCAGGUCUCCUCCCAUCCCUCCUCACCAUCAAUAAAGUGUCACAAACAGAA